AUGGCUUUGAACAGACUCUUUUCCAACCUUAUAAUUUCUACAACAACGAGUACUAUCUGCAAAAGAACUUUGCAUGCAAGUGCUAUCUCAUAUGCAAGUAAACCGAAUAUUGUUAAACCAAAGCCUGGUUUUGGAAAAAGUUACAGGAGAAUCGUACAUUUUCCUGAGGAAUAUACAGUGAAGCCUUUAAAUGUUACAAAUUUAGCUGGCAGAGAUCCUGUAUCAGGUCGUGUAGUGGCUAAAGGUAUAGGAGGUGGAAUAAAACACAAGUAUCAUUGGAUAGCUUGGGUAAGAGAUGGGCCAACAGAGGGGCCGCCACAGGAGGAAAAGGUUAUCCAGAUAAUAGAAGAUGGUUGUAGAACAGCCCAUAUAGCACUUGUUGGUGUAGGGGACAAACUAAAAUAUAUACUUGCCACAGAAAAUAUGAAAGCUGGUGACAUAAUUAAGACUUCAAGACACUUACCUCGGAUACCAGUUAGAGCCAAUGAAGGAGAUGCCUUUGUGUUGGGUGCUCUACCUACAGGCACCCUCGUACAUUGUAUAGAAAAGGAACCAGGUCAGGGGGGAUUAUAUGUUCACGCUGCUGGGACAUCUGGCACUAUAUUAAGAAAACAAAAUGAUAGAAUCAUUGUACAGAUGCCGUCAAAAAGAUUAUUCAGCUUUGAUCAACAUUGUAUGGCUGUAGUAGGUCGCCUUUCGAACGUUGAUCACGGUGAUACACCAAUUGGUUCGCCACAACGUAAUAGAUGGCUUGGUAACCGACCUCGGUCUGGUUUGUGGCACAGGAAAGACGGCCGUCACGGACGAAAGAUCAGACCUCCAAAGCCAGUGAAAGAAAUAAAGAACCCAAAGAACUUCCCGUUACCUACUAUUCAAUUAAAUAUGGUUCCCUAA